GGAACAUUCCCAUACCGGGAGUCGAACCCGGGCCACCUGGGCGAAAACCAGGAAUCCUGACUGCUAGACCAUAUGGGACACAUGAUUCUAAGUCUUCAAGAUGCUGACCAUGCCUGGCCGGGACAGCGUGUCGCCUUGGCAACAGGCGGUCCAGGAGCGAGGAUACAGGCGGAGGCUGCUGCUCUUCCAGGAGGCCCAGCAGAAGCAGGCCCAGCUGGUCCAGAGGCUGCAGACCAAGGUCCUCCAGUACAAGAGCAGGUGUGGCCAGCUUGAAGGGCAAGUCCUGGAGAAGACCUCUGACUUGGAGAAGAUGCGACUGUUGCUGCAGGCCCACAAGGACUCGGCCCAGCGUCAGGAGGAAGAUCUCAACACCAGCAUCAGGAGCAAGGAGGCUCAGCUGGAGGAGGAACAGAGGAGAUGCGGCAGCCUGGGCCAAGUCAACUGUGUGCUGCGAGAACAGCUGGAGCAGGGCAACGCCCUCAACCAGGGCCUGGUAGAGAGCCUGCGGAAGGCGCGCCAGGACGUCGAGCUGUGCGAUACGCGCCUGCGCCGUGAGCAAGAGACGUCGUCAUCCCGCCUGGGUCGGGAGCAGGCUCGCGUCAGAAGCAUGUGGCGCCAGGCCGCCUCCCUGAGGAACGCCUUCACGCAACUCAGGACCUUCACUGACAGAACACUGUCCGACAUGCGAGGCGAGUGCGCCGCUGCAGACCAGCUGUUCCGCGCGGCCUGUCGCCAUCUUGAGGCCCGGGCCACACAGGAGAGCGCCUCCGGUGGCGAGGAGGUGUCAGUGCUGGAGCAGCAGCUGAAGGACAAGUUACGGGAGGCCAUGCAGCUUCAGGGGCGCUGGGACGCCGAAAAAGUGGAACUCAACUCCAGGAUCAUGGAGCUUACGGAUUCGGUGAAGCAACUCCGCAGCCAAAACAGCGAGAAGGACGCUAGCCUGGACAGGAUGGAGACGAGCAGAAGCGAGGACAAAGGAGAGAUGGAAGUCCUCCAGGCUGAGAACCAAGCCCUUCAGAAAGUACUCAGUGAAGUCCAUCAGCUGGUGUCUAGUGAAGGAAAUAGCGCUGCGUCUGAAGGUCUUCUUGGUUGUUCUCCAAGGAGGAACAUCACCAUUAUGGCUGUGCAGGGUGCCCUCACCAAGCACCAGCAACAAACUCAGGACUUUUGUGCCCGCCUGGAGGCGUCCCUGGAGCAAGCAGACGCAUUGCGUACUCGGCUGCAGCAGAGCGACUGGGCCAGAACGGAACUAGAGGCGAGGAUCCGGGAAGUGACGAAGGAAAGUCAAGAGGCCAAAAAGGCUUUGGAGGAAACUGUCCAGGAAAAAGACACAUACCGCUCCUCGCUAGACAUCAUCUCUAGCGAGAAGGGUGGUGUGGAGCAGCUUUUAGCAGGUGUGCGGCAGGAGCUGGACUCCAAGCGCAGCGAGCUGGAGGCCCUGAGGCAGAAGCAUCAAGACGCCGAGCUGCAGCUGGCACGGCUGCACUCUGAGACCCAGCGAGGCGAGCAGACCCUGGAGGAGCUAGAGGGGAAACACUCGGACCUCCGGCAGGAGCUGGCUGCGGCGAGGGAGGAGCUGAGCCGGUCAGGCCUGGAGAAGGACGUUCUGGAGGAGGACAAGGCCAGCCUGGCUCUGGCUCUCACCAAAGCUGAGUGUUGUGGCGUGGCCCAGGAAGCGCUGGUAGCCAAGCUGCACCACCAGGAGGCGGGGCUAAAGGACUCCCUGGCCAAGAUGGUCGCCCUGAGCGAGGGCCUGGCCAAGGACAAGGUUGAGCUCAACCGCCUGCUGCUACAGGCCGAAGCUGAGAAGGCGGAGCUGGGCGACCGCCGUCGGGAAGCCGAAGCGGACCAGGCGGAUGCCCGGGAGGAGGUGGCCCGGCUUCAGUGGGAGAAGGCGAACGUUCAAGCGGAGAAGGAAGCCCUGGAGAGCUCGCAGCGCCACCUGCAGGACAUGCGACGCAAGACGGAAGAGGAUCUGGACCUCCUACAGAAGGAGAACGCAUGCAACCUGGAGCAGCACUUGCAGGUGAGCAGACAGAUGCAGAGCGCAUCGGAGGAGCUGCGUGAGAGCAGGAGCCGGCGGGACGAGCAGGCGGCGGCCCUGGAGAGAGCCACUGCAGACAGGGAUGACCUCGCCAAGGACAAAGCCGGCCUGGAGGUCCGACUCUGCUCGGCUGAACGCAAGACCUGCGACUUUGCGCAGGAGCUGCUGGUGCUCAGAGCCGAGAAGCAGUGCCUGGAGACCAGCGUGUUCCAUAGUCAGGAGCUGGCCUCGUCCCUGGAGGCCGAAUGUAGCCGCUUGGAGGCCGAGAGGCGCAGCUUGGUGUCGGCUAAUGAGGCGUUGACGCGUGAUGUCGCUCUGGUGCGUCUUGAUGCGGAGCGUAAAGAUGCUCAAUUCGCCCAGGAGCGUAGCACCCUGGAGGAGAUGCUGGUUCAGGCGGAGAGGAAGGCCCUGCAGAUCCUAAAGAACAAGGAUGAGCUCCACCGAAAGGAGCUGGAGGACGAACGCAGACAGAAGGAGCAGCAGCUUGAAGAGAUGAGGGGGCAGCAGGAGAAGCUGCGCUCACUAAAACAGGAGUUGGCCGAGUGUAGCGGGGAGGAGGUGCAGAAGGCAAAGGAGGAGAUGCUCAGAGCCCAGCAGCACUGCGAGAGGAGCAUCCUGCAGGGCCACAGUGAGAUACAGCAGGCUUUGUCCCAGAAGGAGGCGGAGAAGGUGUCCCUGUUGGAGAAGCUUGCUGUCCUCCAGAAGGACCUUAAUUCUGUAACCAGUGAUCUGGAGUUCACUCGGAGGGAAGCGCUUGCCACACAGAAGCAGGACAAGAAUGAAGUGACGGUCCUGCGGCGUGAGACGCAGCAGCUGCGAGCUGACUUUGAGGCGUCGAUCAACUCGCACGAGGCGGCUGAGCAGAGCGGACGCGAGAAGCUGCGUGAGCUGAGCCAACAGCAGCAUGCUGCCCAGCGCCAGGUGGGCGUUCUUCAAGCUAAGCUGCAGGCCACAGAGGAGCGACUGGCCGAAGCCAAGAGGGAUCUAGCUGAGGCCCGGCGCUCCCUUCAGGACAGUGUUCAGGGGUUGGAGAAGCAGCGCGAGGAAGCCCUCAACCUGCGCCGGCUACUGAGAGACAAGACGAAGGAAAAGGAGGCCAUCCAAACCUCCAACAAGGAGCUCAGGGCCUCCGUCAAGCAGGUGGAGAGCGACAUCAGCAGCUUGAAGCGAGCAGUGGAGGAGCGUGAGCAGCAGGUGUCUGUCUUGGAGGAGCACAAUGUCUCCAUGCAGCGGGAGGCGUUCACACUCAGGAGUAGCAUGCGGGAGAUUGAGAAGUCACGGCUGCAGACACGCCGACGAAACCAGGACCUGCAUAGACAGGUAAAGGUCAUGGAAGGUGAGAAGCAGCGUCAGGAGCAGGAGCUGAAGCAGCUGCAGGUGCAACUCUGUCAGGAGGAACAGCAGCAGGAGGAAGCGCAACGCCUGGCCUUCGACCUCAAGCGGAGAGUGUUGGAAUGCGAGGCUGCCAGAGAUGCAGCCAACAAUCAGGCGUCAUCCCUGCAGAGGCGCGUGUUGGAGCUGGAGGUGGCCGAGCGUCAGAGCUCGGAGCUCCUGCAAGUCCGACAAGCGCAGCAGCAGCUGGCCGCCCAGAAGCAUCGCGAACAGGCCGCCCGGCUGCAGCGGGCCCUGGAGGACGCCGCCCUCCAGACAGGGGAGGUGAGUGCCCGGCUGGGUCACGCCGAGGCCGCCGCUUUGGACUUGGAGCAUCGGCUGGGGGCGAGCGAGGCCCUGCGGUGCGAGUUGGACCGCAAAAUAUCCGCGGUGGGUUCCACGCUGCGCCGUCUCCAUCUGACAUCUCCCAGGAGGAGACUUCCUCGUCAAGGCUCGGCGGGAGACGGUGUGACCGGCAUCUCCACUUCCUGUGCUGACGAUGAAGAACUGGACUUGGACUCCAUCCAGGCUGGCCUGCAGGAACUCCAGAGAGAACUCAGGGACACACAGAGAGAAAGAGAUGAGUCCAAGGCUCAGCUGGUGAUUCUACGCGAGCAGGUCUCAGCACUCCAGGACAAGUCGACCAGUGAGGUGACCAAACUGCACAAGUCCCUGAAGCAGUUCAAAGACGGAAAUCGGGAGAUUGAAGAGCAACUGCGCGAAUCCCAGACCUCGCUUUUCCGGCACCGGGAAGCAGCCGAGCGAGACAAGACGGGCCUGGAGGAGGAGGCGGCUCAGCUCCGGUCUGCUCUGCUCGCUUCCCAGGCCGAGUCUAACUCGCUAAGGGAUAAGCUGGACAGCUCCCAGGCCGACGCACACUCGGAGCUUGCAAGACUCAAAGAGGCCCUGGAGGAUGCCCAAAGGAACUCGGUCCGCCUGGAGCUCAUUCGGCACUCCCUGGAGGACGAGCUGCAGCUCGCCCGUCAAACUGCAUCCGAGCUGGAGGCGGCGGCGGCGACGUUGCGGCAGAGGCUGGCCAAGGCGGGGAGGAAGCUGGCCGAGAGCCAGGCUUCGCUGCGGGCCGGCGAGGAGCGGCAGAGCGCGGCGCUGGCCCGGGCCGAGCGGCGCCAGGGCCAGCUAGGAGAGCAGGUGCGAGCGGUGACCGCCGCGCUCAGUGAACAGCGCAGCAGCGAGGGGGCGCUGCAGGAGAACCUGAAGCAACUGCAAAGAGCCAUGACUGACAGCGAGAUUGAACGACGACUCCUGCAGGAUCGUCUGGACGAAACCCGAGACGCCCUGGCGGAGAGCAAGAAGCUGAACCACUCUCUGACAGAGCACAGUCAGACCCUUCAGAGGGACCGGGGGGACUCUGAGUUGAGGAACUGUGAGCUGGACAAGCACAACAAGAGCCUGCAGCAGAGUCUGAAGCGGCAACAGGCGGCGCAAGAGGCGGCGCAGAAGAACGCUGAGCUGCUGGAGAACAAAGCGACAAAUCUGGAAAGUAAGGUGACGAGCCUACAGGUGACACUGCAGCAGCUACAGCGGGAAAAGGCCGACACGGAGAAAGCCAUGACCCGAUUAGGAAAAGACAAAAGCGCUCUCAGGAAGUCGUUGGAGAAGGCGGAGAUGGAGAGGCUGAGGACGAAGGAAGCGGUUGCCACGGAGACGCAUCAGGCGCUGGUCUGCCUUGAGCGGCAGCUGGUGGAGAGGCAGCACCAGGUGACAGCCCUGCAGGCGCACGUGGGCCAGCUGGAGCAGACUCAGGCACAGCGCCUCCUGGAGGCGGCGACGUGCCACCACCAGGAGCUGGACGACGCCACGCAGCGGCUGCGCAACGCACAGCUGCAGGCCCAGCAGGCGCAGGAGAGCCGUGAGAAGGCCCACCGCCAGAGGGUCAAGUGUCUGGAAGAUCAGGUGUUCACGCUCAAGCAGCAGCUGGACGAGGAGACGCGGAGGCGACAGGCAUCCGUCCAUAAGAUGCUCCGGCCGGGCGUGCACUCAAGUAUGUAGCGCCCGCAACAUCUGGACUACAACAAAUACACUUUUGUUUAUGACAUUAGACUGAGUGGACCCCAGAAUGGAUGAUUUCUUUCCAAUUUCCUGUGUGACAACUGUUGCGAAAUCCCAACAUUUUGCCGUAAAGUGGUGCCUUGAGAUGUGAGUGACCCAACGAAACGUCAUAGACGGCCAAACAAAUAGCAUCGGUGUCGCAGUUUUAUAAACCUUUCAGGCAGGGGUCACCGACCUGGUGCCUGUUCGAAAAAAUAGCUCGUCAGUGAUGGGACUUUGUGAUUUUCUAGGAAUGUUUUAGAAGUGACCAUUUGAAAAUGUAAACACUGGCGGAGAUUUAUAGAAAUAAAAUGUUGCAUAUUGGUAUUUGUGUUUUCAAAUUAUUGUGACAAAUCGUGAACACGAUCAAUGUCUUCACAGAUAUGAAUAUCAUUAGAUAUUAAUAAUAGCAUAUAUUAGGAACAUAAUUAAUGGUAAUUUGAGCACAUUUGUUUUUUUUCAGAAGUAUGUAUCAAACUGGUAGCCCUUCAAGUUAACCAGUACCCAAGAAGUACCUCUCAAUUUCAAAAUGGUCGGUGACCCCUGCUUUAAGCAAUGGCUAUUUGAACACAAACGGUUGAGCAACACAUUUACAAUCGACAGAUAACAAUAGACUGGCAAAUAUUACCCUCUGCAAAUAACCAUUAAUAUUACUGCGGCUUACUGAGAAGCUGUGACCAUCUGCAUAUAGCUGUAUGUUUGCAUUAUAUUGCCUGCAGGUGGCCAUGGCACACACACCAGAAGGAGCAGCACAAUGUCCAUUGAUUGACGCAAAACUGCUUUUUAUAAAGUACAACCUUAUAGAGUUCUUUUUUUUUUCUUCUCAAAAAACACGGUACAAAAUUGUUGUUGCUUUUUUGGGGGAAGGCUGGAACGGAUACAUGGCUUUUCCAUUCAUUUCAAUGGGGAAAGAUAAUUUGAGAUAUGUUUCGAGUUACAAGUGAGGUCAUGGAACGAAUCAAACUCGAUCAAUCUCGAGGCACCAAUAUAUUGAUUAUUAAUUAUUGAAUAUUAAUCAUCAUUAUCAUGAUCAGUCGUCCUCAUCACGAGUCGUUUACUGCACUAAGGUUGGAAAAACUAUCAAAUGGACAUUGAAGGGAAAAUGGUGUUUUUUUAUUUAUUUUGUUUUAAGUCAAAUUAUCUUGGCACGUCUACCACAUUUACUGUUCUU